AUGGACCAGAUGAGGAAAGUUAUGGACAAGAUGAGGGAGAACAUGAGAGGGGCAAACCCCGUAGAAGAUUUAGUUCACCGAACAGACUCCUCCUUCACGGCUUCCAUCAACGGUCACCCCUUGCCUCCAAAGUUCAAGAUGCCUUCUUUGGAUUCGUAUGACGGAAUGCGUGACCCUUUUGAUCACAUUGCAACUUUUAAGACUACAAUGCACCUUCAAGGGGUUCCAGAUGAGAUUAUGUGUAGAGCCUUCCCUACCAUCCUCAAAGAACCAACGCGAGUGUGGUUCAAUAAGAUCCCUCCUAACACAGUGAGUUCUUUCGAAGAGUUAAGUAAGUUGUUUGUCAAUAAUUUUAUUGGAGGACAAAGGCACAAACAUUCCUCGUCCAGCCUGUUAACCAUUGAACAAAGGGAGAAUGAAAGCCUGCGAUCCUUUAUUACUCGUAUCAACAGGGAAGCCCUAAUAGUGGAUAAGAUGGACGACAAGUUAUUGUUGGCGACCUUCCAUAAUGGAGUCAACUUUGACUUAUUCAUCCACAAACUUUACGAGAAAGAGCCUCAAACCAUGGCCAAACUCGUCCAUUUGGCCCAAAAUUUUAUGAAUGCAAAAGACACGAUUAUAGCCAAGAAGAGGAAAAGAGCUGAGAGAAUGGAAACUGAUCGUCCGCGUCAUUCAGAACAAGGUCCUCGUCCAAAGAAGGGACGGACGGGAGAAAAGAAAGACUGA